CUUUACCUAAGCUAAUAAGGUUAACCGGUGAGCAACUCUGACCUCUUUGGAUUGUUAUCAUAUCAUAACCUGCUUUCCAAUCCUCUUUUACAAAUCAUUUUUGAUUUCAUGUAAUUUUGAAUUGGGAUAGUGAAAUAUAUUAAGUGUAAUGACUCUGUAUCACUUUGGUAAUUGCCUUGCCUUAGUUUAUGUACCCUAUCAUCUUACAUACAAAUACUCAGGGCUAUCUGAAUAUGGAGCAUUUUGGAAAUGUAUACAGGCUGGUGGUAUUUAUAUUAUUACGCAACUGUGUAAAAUGUUGCUUUUAGCUACAUUCUUUCCCACGACAGAGACCAAUAUCCAUGGGCAUGUUGAUAUAUUUGGGGAAUGGCUAAAAGGUACAGUUGAGCUUGCUGAUUUAGUAGGACUUUAUGCAGUAUUAUCAAAUAUUCCUGGAAAAGGGCACGCAAAGCUUUUGACUGCUGGCCUGGGUUGGGCUGGAGCUGAAGCUGCUCUCACACGAUUCGUACCGUUAUGGAUUGGCGCCAGAGGUGCUGAAUUUCAUUGGCGUUACAUCCAAGAAAGUCUCGAAUCCAAUAUCAAUUUAGCCCAUCAUAUUGCAACUGUGGCUCUUGUUUGGCUUUGGUCAAGGCAUGACCUCUCGAAAGCUGCAGUUCCUAUUGUCACAGCGAUGUUACUUCUCUCAUCAUACAAGCCACUUUUGAUACAGCUGAUUCUGCCGGCAGCAAUAUGUCCUUGGAUUGCUCUAUUGAUCAAAGCAGGAUAUACGUUGCUUCUGGCCUUUCCAACUCUAAAAAUUUAUGCUGGUCUUGCCGAGAGCAUUGGAAUUUAUUGAUCAUCUUGAAUAAUUAGUGACUGUUAUUUCAAUGAAGUUGACUGAUUUGAGUUCAGUUAGUGAAACAAAAAUAAAAGUUGUAUUUAUCAUGUUUUGUAUAAAGACUGACUUAUUUAUUAUAAAUUGAUACAAAAUGUAUUUAAAUGUUUAAUGUAGUUGUCCUUUUGUUGAUCUUUACAUAAACUGUUUAUCUAGAUAAGACGACAUUUAUAAAUUAUCAAACCAUAAAGUGUAAAUAAGACUUAUUCCAAAAUAAUAUUCCACCACCGAAAUGUCUCUUAACCCUUUACUGGCCAAUGGGCACUGCAGUUCCCAAAUUGGUUAGAUUAACAUAAUUCCGAAAUAAUGCCCUCAGAAUACUUCCUUCUUGCUUCACAACCAACCCUGGGCAUCAUAGAUAAGAAUCCUGCCAAUUUUCACUCCCUUCAUCAGGUUGUUUACUGAUACCUACCGGUCACCUUUCAGGAGCUGGCUUAAUAUGGUUUUCAGUUUCAAGGGAGUAAGUAUUUUUAUAUUUUACUUGUGUACUUUAUGUAGUUGGCUCAAUUAUAAUUCACAAGCAAUAAUUCACACAUAAACAAGUGUGAUAAGAUUUUUUUUAUUAUACUCAGCAAUUUUAUUUUUGGGAACUGAGGUUCCCUUUGACCAACUGCGGGGUAAUGUUUACAUUCCAAAUAGUGUGUCACUUUUUUAUUGAUUUUAAACACAUCAGCAUAUUUAUUUGUCUUUAUAAUUGCGUAAUGUAUUUUUAGAAUUUUCAUUCUCAGAGCGAGUUGAUUUUGUCGCUUGACCUGAAGAUUAAGUUCCCAUCUAAUGCGGAGGAAGAAGGCAAUGAAAAAGAAAUUGCCGUUUCCCAUUCAAUGAAUGCAUUGUUUUCUGACCACAAGCUGGAUAGAGAGUUAUCCAAUAAUUUUUUUGACGUUGGAUUAGAAAAAGAAGAUGACGAUAAUAAUAACAUAUUUUUGAUAGAUGAGAUAUAUUUGAGAAUGGACUUCCCAGUGGUGAAAUAGUAGCAAUGAAUAGUGGUACAGAUGUGAUUUAAGAAAAUCAUCGUAAUGAUGUGUAACUACUCGAAAAUAAAACCAAAUUUUAUAAAAAGGGGGAAAAAUCAAAUCCUAAAAAAAAAAGAAUUUAUGGCUCAAAUUACUAGGCAUUUUUUUUUUUUUUAAGUUUAAUUCAGAAGUGUAUUUUCAGUAUAAUUUUAUGAUAAAUAAUAAAUUCUGUAUGUUCCUAUAGAGAGACAAAAAUCAAAGUUACCAAAAGGUAGCCAAGGGAUACCUCAAGACCCAAACAUGUUUUAAAAUUUCUUACCUCAGCUGUCCAGUGCGUACCCCAGGAACCAGUCAUAAAACUUUUAUUAUGCAAUAAAAAAAAAAAAAAUGAAAGUUCAAUGUUUUAUUCUAAGACAAAUAUAUUAAUAAAAAUAUUUUUUUUUCCUUUUCUUUAACCCUUGAACAGUUAAGGGUUAAUAACAUGUAUAAAUGCUUACCAUUAAAUUAAUGGUAUAAAUAAAAGUAUUAAUUGUUGGAUUUUUGUUUUUUAUUCAUACCAUAUUCUGAAGUACAAGAGUGUAAACUCCAAUAAUAUGAUCUCAUUUGUCAGGUCAAACUAUUUUAAGUAAUAUCCAGUGUUGAUUUGCCUAUUAAACUUCUUUGUAGUUAAAAAUAAAUAAAUAACCUACACAUUGAA